GAUCUCUUUCCUUAAUUACCCUAGCUUCUUUCCACACUAUUUAUACAUGCACUGUUUUAUAUAUAAGCUUUUAGAUCAGCAAACUUUCCUUCUCAUCUGUACUAUUUCAUUACAGUACUGAUCAUUUGAAGGAUAGUCUAAAUGGCUAUGGCUAAGAUAAUCCCCACCUUCCUCCUAAGGCUCAUAGCCUUGGGUGCAACCAUCUCUGCCACCGCAGUCAUGGUCACAAGCCAUGACUCUACCACUGUCUUGAACUUGAAGUUUGUUGCCAAGUAUACCAAUUCACCAACAUUCAAAUAUUUUGCGCUCACAAAUGCAAUUGCAAGUGGUUAUGGCCUCACGACUAUCUUUCUUCCUUCCAAGACUUCCCUUUGGCGCUUGCUUUUGGUUUUAGAUUUGGUGAUAUUAUGCUUACUAGAUUCAAGCAUAUCGGCAGCUUUGGCAAUAGGCUAUGUGGGGAAGAAAGGAAAUACUCAAGCUGGGUGGCUACCCAUUUGCGGACAAGUACCCAAGUUUUGUGACCAUGCCAAUGCAGCCCUCAUUUGCGGUUUCGUCGCCACAAUUGUUUACUUUCUUCUAGUUCUGUAUUCUCUUCACAGUGCCGUUAAUCUUCUCUCAGCUGGAAAGGCUUAGGUGAAGGUCUUCUCUAUCACGGAGUCGGUGGCAGAGCCAGAAAGUCAAGUGAGAGUCAUAUAUAUGUUAAGUUCUAAGAAAUAGGAAUAGUGGGGUAGGGUGGGAAAUAGUGUAAUUUCCUAAAAUUUGAGGACCCAAAUUUCCAGGUUCCUCUAUGUCCCUCUAUUAGUGUAUCUUUGAGAUUCCAAUCCCAACGUCAAUGUACUUGAAGUAUGAAAGAUAUUUGAGUUAUGCAAUAAUUAAACUCUCAUAACAGAGAAAUAUUUAGUAU